GAGAGGAGGAGGUGGACAGCAGAAAGAGACGGAUGAAUUUGGGAUGACAUUUUUUUUUUAUUACAACUUUUCACUUUUGCCAGUCAGUUCUUUAAGUUCUCUGCAAACAAAGCGUGGAAACAUCAAUUACUGAGCAACAAUGCACCAACUCCGGCUUUCUCUGCUAUCCAGCCUUUGCCUUUGCUUGUUUUCCCUUUGCUGUGCGGAGGAAGGUCUUGAGUUUCCCAAUUUCGACGGGAAGGACAGGGUGCUGGACAUCCACGAGCGCAACUACAAGAAGGCCCUGAAGAGAUACGACCUGCUGUGCCUCUUCUACCACGAGCCACUGCCUGCCAACAAAGGCCUGCAGAAGAGGUUCCAGAUGACCGAGCUGGUGCUGGAGCUCACCGCUCAGGUCCUGGAGAACAAAGACAUCGGCUUUGGGAUGGUGGACUCCCAGAAGGAUGCCAAAGUAGCCAAAAAACUUGGUCUUGAAGAGGUGGGCAGCCUGUACGUCUUCAAGGACGACCGUGUCAUUGAGUUUGAUGGGGAGCUCUCCGCGGACACACUGGUGGAGUUUCUGCUGGAUGUGCUGGAGGACCCAGUGGAAAUGCUCAAUAACGCCAUGGAGCUGCGAGCCUUCGAGAGGAUGGAGGAAGACAUCCGCCUCAUUGGCUAUUUCAAGGGAGAAGAUUCAUACUACAAAGCUUUCCAAGAGGCCUCAGAGCGUUUUCAACCUUACAUCAAGUUCUUCGCUACCUUUAGUAAAUCUGUGGCCAAACAUCUCUCCCUGAAGAUGAACGAAGUGAAUUUUUAUGAGCCCUUCAUGGAGGAGCCGGCCAUCCUUCCUGGCAGGCCUCUGUCAGAGAUGGACAUUGUUGACUUUGUCAACCAGCACCGAAGGGCUACUUUGAGGAAGCUCCGGGCAGAGAACAUGUUUGAAACAUGGGAGGACGAUAUGGACGGCAUACAUAUUGUUGCGUUUGCUGAGGAGGAAGAUCCAGAUGGCUAUGAGUUCCUGGAGAUCCUGAAAGACGUGGCCAGAGAUAACACCAACAACCCAGAACUCAGCAUCGUCUGGAUCGACCCCGAUGACUUCCCUCUGCUGACCACUUACUGGGAAAAAACCUUCAAGUUGGACCUGUUUCGACCUCAGAUUGGUGUGGUCAAUGUCACAGAUGCGGACAGCGUGUGGCUGGACAUGUCCAACGAUGAAGACCUGCCCUCACCUGAGGAGCUGGAGGACUGGAUAGAGGACGUCCUGUCAGGGAGGGUGAACACGGAGGACGACGACGAGUCUAUCGACGACCAGGAGGACCCCGACAGCUACGUCCCAGAGGACAGCUAUGAGAGUCACGACCCGGAGGAGGAGGAAGACAGCGAUGACUAACCCCACUGUUGAGGGUCGGGGUCCUGGCUGUUCAGACCUGGGUCCAAACUGGCUUGGCACAUUAGAACCACAUUGCUGAGAAAUUAUUAAAGAGUUGACAUGUGUUAAUAUAAAAAAAUGAUCAUAGUAGCUUUAAGGAUGACAUAAGAUAAGAGGACUUGUGUGUAUUUAUAUAUCUACAUAAAAACAAAAGACAAAAGUGUUUAAUUCUUCCAAUUAGAAAAGAGCUUGAAGUGUUUCCUUGAGAUUAAUUCAGG